GUCAUUGAGUGGAGAGAGUGACACACGCACACGACGCACUACGUUGGCCCGCGUACGAGCUGCAACUGGAUCAUGGCAGCAGUUGGCAGAUCGUCGCUGUCGCUCGUGCUGGUGAUGGCGGCGGUGAUCAUCUCUGGCGCCGGUAGCGAGCGGGUGCCUCCUGCCGCAAAAGGAGCCCUGGCCGCCGGCUCCGCAUGCUGUGGUCGUACAGCAGGCGCGGCUGGAGGAGUGCCGCCGAGUGGCUCCGGCGUGCUACACCAGCAUCGGACAAGCUCUGGCUGAAGCUGGCAAGCUUGUCCCCAAGGUGAAGCACCGUUUUGUUGUACUCAUCAAGACCGGAGAGUACAUAGAACAGGUGAACAUCACGAGACGGAACGUCGUCCUGCUCGGCGAGGGCAGAGGCAACACAGUAAUUUCUGGCAACCUAAGCAACCUAACGGGGACGGCGAUGGUGAUGACGGCCACCGUGAAUGUUGUAGCCGACGGCUUUUUGGCCCAGAACCUGACGAUCCGUAACAAGGCCGGGCCGAAAGGAAGGCAGGCGGUGGCUUUGAGGUCAAACUCCAACCGGACCGUCGUAUUUGGCUGCGCUAUAGAAGGCUUCGAAGAUAGCCUGUACGCCGAAAAUGGAGUCCAGGUGUACCUGGAGACGGACAUAUACGGGACCGUGGAUUUUAUAUUCGGAAACGCGAAGGCGGUCUUCCAGCGUUGCCGCAUCCGGGUGCGGCGGCCCAUCCCCGGCAAGCACAACGUGGUGACGGCGCAGGGCUGCGACAACAAUAUGUACGAGAACUCCGGCUUCGUCUUCCACCGGUGCAGCGUCGAAGCUGACCCGAAUCCAUGGCCGGUGGGCCAGAACCUGACCGGCGUGGAAACAUUUCUGGGCCGGCCGUACAGGAAGUACUCCCACGUCAUUUUCAUGGAGUGCCAACUCAGCGACGUCGUGAGGUGGUGUGGUGUGGAAAUCGUGGCCGAGGGUGUUGAGGAUUGCGUGCCUGCAGGUCUGUCCGUCGAUGCGGCAGCGACAUCGCAAUGAGGAGAAGCCGCCGGCCCAGAUGGCCCUGCGUGUGGUGUGGAAAUUAGAUUACUAGUUUCUUAUUAGAAACUAAGGGUGUGUUUGGUUUGGUUUGGCUCUUGCCUCUAAAAGCCAAAAGUCAAACCAAAGGGCUAAAUCCAGAAAGCAAUUUUUUUCUAAAAGCCGACUUUCUCGUAAUACAAAACUGAAAUCACUUCUGAA